CUAAUCCAUUUUACAUAUCUAUUGCCGCUGUCUGUUGUGUUACUUGAAAGCAGAGAAAGCCAUGCCUUCGUUUCGUUUCAUCUCAAGGAUUCUACGUCGUGUAUUUUCAUCGCAAUACGGCUGAUAUCGUCGCACGUAACGACAACACGAGUCGCGUGUUGACAGUGCGAGGGAGUCCCGGAGGCAAACAAUGGAUCAAUACCGAUACCUUGCAGAGAAGUAUAAUCUACGGACACGAAGCCGAAGAAUCGUCGAUCUCAGCUCCGUCUAACCUGUCUUUCAACCACAUCCUGCUUCUUCGUUGCAUUCAACGGGACAAAUAAACUUCCUAAAAAGGUAAAUUUUUCUCAACUCCACGUGUUUGGUCUUUCCUGCUUAAGUAUGGAUAAGCUCGACAAUCAGUCGAAGAGUUCGAAAAAAAAAUGUUCGAGAUCGAGCGCAGGAUCGGCAGAUGUGGCGACCCAGUGCGUCCAGGUCGUUGUAAGAUGCAGACCAAUGGACGAAAAGGAAACAGCACGAAGCUAUGUUCGUGUGGUCGACGUCAUUCCGUCAAGAGGAGUGGUAGAGAUUCGUCAUCCUCGGGACGAUCCGUCUACGGACAAUGUCAAGGUCUUCACCUUCGACGCUGUCUACGAUUGGCGUUCGACCCAGCAAGAACUUUAUGAGGAAACUGUGAGACCUUUGGUUUCUUCGGUAUUGGAUGGUUUCAAUGGCACCAUUUUUGCUUACGGCCAGACUGGGACAGGUAAAACUUACACGAUGGAAGGCUCAAAGAUGGAACACGAAAAACGUGGCAUAAUACCAAGAUCCUUCGAGCACAUAUUCAAUCACAUCGGCAGAUCGGAGAACAUGCAAUAUCUCGUGAGAGCGAGUUACUUGGAAAUUUAUCAGGAAGAGAUACGCGAUCUUCUUCAUCGCGAUCAGAGUCUUCGAUUCGAGCUGAAAGAGAAACCUGAAUCUGGUGUCUUCGUGAAAGAUUUGUCAACAGCCGUUUGCAAGAGCGCAGCAGAGAUUCAACGAUUGAUGAACGAAGGUAAUCAAAAUAGGACGAUCGGUGCUACCAACAUGAACGAGCACAGCUCCCGCUCUCACGCGAUAUUUUUGAUCACCAUCGAGAUGGGAUCCAUUGGUGAUAACGGCGGCAUUAGAGUAGGUCGUUUGAAUCUAGUCGAUCUCGCUGGUAGCGAGAGACAAAGUAAAACCGGUGCGUCCGGUGAAAGACUGAAGGAAGCGAGUAAAAUUAAUUUAAGCCUUUCUGCUCUGGGUAACGUUAUUUCGGCAUUAGUCGAUGGGAAAACUACUCAUGUUCCUUACAGAGAUUCCAAACUUACCAGAUUGUUACAGGAUUCUUUAGGGGGAAAUUCGAAAACGAUUAUGGUCGCGAACAUUGGCCCUGCCAGUUACAAUUAUGACGAAACACUUACGACUUUGCGUUAUGCCAAUCGCGCGAAGAACAUUAAGAACAAGCCACGAAUAAACGAAGAUCCUAAGGAUGCUCUUUUGAGACAGUAUCAGGAAGAGAUCGGUCGUUUGAAGGAGAAACUAGCUCAGAGGAGUAUGGUACAACGUAAGAAGAGGAAAACGAAGAAGAAAAGAGAAGACGAUCUUGCGGAUUCGGAGUCAGAUGCGGAGGAUAGUAAAGGAGAGGACAAUAACAAGACCAUCGAAGUUGAUAAGAAAUUGAUAGCUGAGCAACUGAGAGCCGAGAAACAAGAGACUGAGAACCUUAUAACGAGAAUAAAAGAUUUAGAGAGCAAAAUGUUGUGCGGUGGGAAGAAUAUUAUAGAUCAUACGAACGAACAACAAAGAGCAUUGGAACAAAAGGCCGCAGAGAUUGCCGAGCGUAAGAAGCGCGAAGUCGAGAUGCAACAAAAGCUCGAAGACGAGGAAUUAACUAUGGUCGGUGUACGAGAAACAUAUACGACCUUGCAGCAGGAGGUAGACGUCAAAUCGAGAAAAUUGAGGAAAUGUUUUACCAAAUUGCAAGCAUUGAAGCAAGAAUUGGAUGACGUGACCAAUGAUUUUAACAGAGAUAGACGUGAUUUGGAACAAACGCAGCAUGAAUUAAUGAAGGAGCUCAAACUGAAAUAUUUGAUAAUUGAAAACUUUAUUCCCGAAGAAGAGAAGAACAAGAUAUUAUCGAGGAUACAUUUCGACGAGGAAGAAGACUGUUGGAUUUUGAAAAAUCCGGAAGCAUCGAAUAUUGAAACGAUAAAACGUCCUACGUCGGUUCCCGGAGCACGUCGACCAAUUUCCGAAUAUGCUCGAAUUGCUUUAGCAAUGGGACGUGGAUGCCGUUAUGCCGGAGAAAAUAUUUUGAAUUUAGAUCUGGACAUGCCAGCUAGAACCACUUUGGAUUAUCACGGACCAGCUAUCGCGCCAACCAUUCAAGCUGUGCUCGAAGAGGCUCUUCGAGACGAAGGAGACAUCGAUGUUGAUGCUUCGAACGCAAAAUUACGCUCCAAGCCACGAUUACAAUCGGCAAGGAUCAGGCCAAGAAGCGUUCCGAAGAUGCAACAAAUCCCGACUCCCGUUUAUCCGAAAACUAGAGGACUCGUACCUAAAUAGUCGUCGCUUUUCUUCGUGUUCUUUCGUUCUCGUCCUCUUGUGGCUCUCUGUAAAGAAAAGUGUAAAUAUUUGAUGAACUGCGCGUCCUGUGCUUCUAUUUAAUUCUUCGCGAUGCGCUCGCCUAAUCUCUUUCUCUUUCUAUCUCUUUUUCUCUCAUUGGAAAAAAAAAAAAAAAAAAAAAGGAAGAAAGGAAGGCACGAACGAGCCGGAAUCUUUGGAACCUAGUCAUUGUGCAAUUAUUAAGUAGUUAGCAGACAUUGAUAUUUCGAUGAAUUAUUUGUUGUAACAAUAAAGCACGAGAAGCAUAUAGUCGUUUUUGCUCGCGCAUUUAUCUUCGCUUAAACGGCACAUUUUUUUCUUUCAAUUAUCAUUCUAUUAAACCACGAAGAUAAAUUUUCAAUGUUUACUUAUAUACAAACGAGAACAGUACAAGAUUGAAACUACGAAAAUAAAUGAUUCAUUUUUAUGUA